AAGAAACUACCUGUUGAAUCAUUCUGUCCUGUUUCUUCCCCAGCUUUACAGCUACCCCUAGGGGGUAAGCUACAGACCAAUAAUCCUCUUUCGAAAAAGAGGUAAGGGGAGGUAGAGAAGGGGGUUGUGAAGCCCAGUUACUGCAUGCUGUAGGAGGGGCCCAGUAGCUACUUUUCACCUGCUGAGUCAGGUGAACCCGUUCGCGAGGACGGGGACCUGCAGAGAAAGGGGCAAGGACACAAGAGGUAUUUGUUUUGAAGAUUAAACUUAGAAUCCAUCGUCUGCAGACCCGUUUGUGGACUGUGUCUGGGGCACUUGCUCGGCAUCGGAAGAAGGGAAAAAACUGAAGCGAUUUUUGGCAGCAAAGGAAAGGCCCGUCUAGGCUACCCUCCUGUGUUUUCCCUAUCCCCAAACGAUAGAACAGCAUGGCUUCAGCGGUCUGGGGAAGUGCGCCCUGGUGGGGCCCGCCGCCCCCAGCCCCAGCCCGGCCGCUCACGGACAUUGACUUCUGUUCCGGGGCGCAGCUGCAGGAACUGACCCAGCUGAUUCAGGAGCUCGGUGUUCAGGAGAGCUGGAGUAACGGGCCCAAGCCGGGAGCCGACCUCCUCCGGGCUAAGGACUUCGUCUUUUCAUUGCUUGGUCUAGUUUACCGCCAGGACCCCCGCUUUCCUCCCCAGGCAGAGCUCUUGCUGCUUCGUGGUGGGAUUCGCGAGGGCUCCCUAGAUCUGGGGCAUGCACCGCUAGGUCCCUACAACCGGGGACCUCACUAUGACGCUGGCUUCACACUCUUAGUGCCAGUGUUUUCUCUGGACAUCACUGGGCCAGAACUGCAACUGGAUCUGGAAUCCUGUUCCGCAAGGCUCCGUCUCCCAGAGCUGGUGUGCGGAAAUAUGGUCCGGGAGGCAUGGCAGAAUUGCCUAGGGCCCCCAGUCCCAGGUGGAUAUGAUUUGAUUAACCAAAGCAAAAGUGAAGGAAGUCCCAAUGACCAGCAAAGCCCUGAGGACCAGCUGCACUCUUACGUUACUGAGCCUCAGCUGCAAGUGUUUAUGGAAAAAUCACCUAGUGACGUUUCAGAGCCAGAGUCUUAUCAGCAUGACGUCACCGAUCUUGGUUCUCCCGCACCUUUGAAAGUACUAAGAAGUGACGUCACCGGGGCAACCGUCGAAUGCCCAGUCCCAAAGCCCGAAGAGACUCCGGAGGCGUGGCCCACAUUGUGUCCCGCCCAGGUGGCUGCCUGGUUCUUCUCUACACUGGCUGCUGUCGCCGAGUCCUUGAUCCCAGUCCCGGGGGCUCCGCGCCUACUGCACGCAGCUCGCCACGCGGGUUUCACCACGGUCCUCUUGGCAACGCCGGGACCCCCGCGCCGCCUUCUGCUUUUCGACCUGAUUCCCGUGGUGUCCGUGACAGGCUGGCCAGAGGGGGCUCGGAGCCACUCAUGGGCGGGUCCGCUGGCCUUGGAGUCGGCCUCCUUCUACCUGGUCCCCGGAGGUGGCAACCGGCCGCCCGGCGCCUCUGACUGGCAUCUCUGCUUCGCCCGCCAGGAGCUGGCGCUCAAGGCGCGCAUACCCGCGCCACUGCUGCAGGCGCACGCGGCGGCCCAAGCGUUGCUGCGCCCGCUGGUGGCCGGGACCCGGGCCGCGGCGCCCUACCUCCUUCGGACGUUGCUGUACUGGGCGUGCGAGCGGCUGCCGGCACUCUACCUGGCGCGGCCGGAAAAUGCGGGCGCCUGCUGCCUGGGACUGCUGGAUGAGCUGGGCCGCGUGCUCGAGGCCGGGACGCUGCCUCACUAUUUUCUCAGCGGCCCAAAGCUCUGUGCGGGAGACGACACGGCAGCCCUACUCAGGGCAUUGGCCCAGCUCCGCGGGGACCCUGCCCGGGCCUUGCGUGAGGCAGUGGAGGAGGCCAAGGUUGCCCGCAAGGGGGGCGGCUUGGCGGGCAUUGGGGGCGGAACCCAUUAAAGACGCUACUCCUA